UUCGUACGAGUGCUAGGGUCAGUCUCCACUCGAUGGCAUCCGCAGAGACUUUCGGAGUCCCAGAUAUCCAUUUCCUCCUAAAACACUCGUAAAAGCCUACAACUUUACUGUCCGAAAUAAUAAAAUCUUCACAAAUGGAGUUUGAAUUGGAAGAGGACGUAGUAUUGAAAGUGUUGGAUACUUCUCUCUUUCAUAUCAAAUGGCGACUUAAACCUGCAGCUAUGCGACGACUCCAGAUAGAUAUUCUGGCAUUGUGCACAGGGAUGAGGCCGGUUAUAAUGGUGGACUAUGGUGGAAAGAUGCCUGAACUACAAGAACAUUUAUGUGAACUCGUCAAAUUUUGUCAAAAGGAAUCACCCAUCUUUGAGCAACUAAAAGUAAUGGUAAUAGAAGAUAUGAUAUAUCUAAUACAUGUGAGAGGACUUGCUGAGCAUGUUAAUUCUAGCUUGAACUCGGAAACACAAAUUCUCUUUGUGGACCUGGAGCAGGAUCCUCCAAAGAUGAUUGCACAAGCAGAACAUAGUUCAGUAGGAGUGGAGCUUCAAUUAGUUAUGAAGUUAUUCGCUUUGGCAUUUCCUAUUGAUGGAAGGAACAAGGAUCUCUCAUCGUGUCAAAGAACAGAUUACUUGGCAUCUGUUGCAUCCUCCGUCGAUGGGCCCAUCGCUUCUCCCUUGUCUGAAUUUGUUGAUGUCAGUAACUACCUAGAAAAAAGUCAGGUCACAAUUCCAACUUUAAAUGGGUGGCUUCUUGGUUAUCCAGUUGUGUACUUGUUCAGCAAGGAGCAUAUUGCAGAUGCUAUAUUUAAUCUUUCAACGAAAUCUCUCCGUGUCUUCAGAAUUUUAGUCCGCAGGAAUAGUGCUUUCUGCAAAGGAGCUCAGCAAGAGGAACUGAUGAGUUUCUCAGUGCCUUAUGAUCUGAGCAUGGGCGGGAGUAGUGAACCCUGGGCCGAGGAAUUUCUCAUUCGCUUGCAGUCGAAGUGGGGAAAACGCAAGCAAACUUGGCGAUCUUUGGAGAUGGAGGUAAGUGAAUGCUAUCCACAAGCAAUUGUGUUGUAGUAAAAAAAAAAGACCAUUUACCUGUUCAAAGAUACACCUCUUAUUUAGAUGAUCAUUAGCAAGAUUUUAUGAGUUAUGAACAUGUAAAUUGAAGAGGUAUUGCAGAUGAUAUGUUUUUGGAUCAUUGUGCUUGAUAUAUAUAUAUAUAUAGGGAGAAAUUAUGCAA